AUGGAAGGAAAUACAUCUGAGCACGGUGCGGUGUCGCCUGAGGCUCUGCAGGAUCAAUCGCCGCCGCGCGAGUCGUCGCCUCCUCCUCCAGACAAUGAAGAGAAGACCACUUAUCUUAGGUUCCUUCUUUCAAAUGCUGAAGCUGGUUCUGUAAUUGGAAAAGGUGGUUCAACAAUCAAUGAUAUUCAGUCACAAUCUGGAGCACGUAUCCAGUUGUCACGCAACUAUGAGUAUUUUCCAGGCACGGCUGACAGAGUUAUCACGGUCUCUGGGAGAGUUGAUGACAUAUUAAAGGCAGUUGAUCUCAUUCUCUCUAAAUUGCUUGAUGAGUUUUAUAAUCAGGAUGGUGGUGAAACUGAUCCAGAAUCGAAAAUAAAACUGGUUGUGCCCAAUAACUCUUGCGGUGGAAUUAUUGGGAAGGGUGGUUCCAUCAUAAGGUCCUUCAUAGAAGACUCCAGAGCUGCCAUUAAGAUAUCACCGCAGGACAACUAUUACCCUGGCUUGCAUGAUAGGUUAGUGACGGUGACCGGUGCUUUAGGUGAACAAAUGCGGGCAGUUGAGUUGAUUCUACUGAAAUUGGUAGAUGAUCAAUAUUACCAUCAAUCAGCGAAUGUUCCUUUUCCUUAUGCUGCAGUUAUGUACAAUGGUAUGAACUAUGGAGCGAAUGGAGUUGUGGGAAAGUAUCAGCAGAGCAGGUUUCCAAACAAGGUGCAGGUGCAGGAUGAUAACAGCAGUUCUAUUACAAUUGGCAUUGCAGAUGAACACAUUGGGAUAGUAGUUGGUCGUGGUGGACGGAAUAUCAUGGAGCUGAGUCAGCUUAGUGGAGCUAGGAUAAAGAUAUCCGAGAGGGGGGAUUUCAUGUCUGGGACGUCCGACAGGAAAGUUACCAUUACAGGUUCUCAAAAAGCAAUAGAUCUGGCCGAGUCCAUGAUAUCUCGAAAAAUUGCCUCCAUUACUGAGAGAUGA